AUGUUUAAAGCGCUACAUGCUAAUCAUGUUUUAGCACGCUCUGGGCCCAUUUUUAUCGCUAGAAUUAUUCUCUAUGACCAAUGCUCAGCGGAGCAGCCUGCUGAUCACUCCGACAAUUUCACUCGCUUUAUUAUUACUGGAACUGCGGAUUUGUUCUCAAACGCUGUUCUUCUUCAGGGUGGGUUUCUUGGAUUCCGUGCAGCGUACCCACAGCUCUGUUGGCAGCAUCCAGACAAGCUUCCAGAUGAAGAGUUUGUCGGUGUGAAAGGAGAUUCCGGCCUGGAAAACCUACUACAGGAGUGCCUUUUUAAGCUUUAUCAUGACGCUCCUCCAACCUUGCUCUCUCCGGGAGAGCAUUCAAGUGUCUCAACCCGUCAACCCUCUUCUUGUUCCUCUUGCGGAUCCUCCUCCUCACAGCAAAGUAGUGAUUCUGGUGUCGUCCUAGCUGCCGAUCUUUCCGUAGACGCCGCACUCACCAUAAGCAGGAAAACUGUUUCCCGAGUCACUUCAGCCCCCAUCAACCGUCCCACUACUGUGGUGACCUCCCUCUCUGUUGACGACGUCAUCAUGGCCGGUUCAUGUCGUCGUCCCUUGCGCCUACGGCCGAAUACGCUAUCCCUCUGUUCUGCUUCCUAUUCUCCCUCCAAUUCUGCUGCCACAUCCACCUGUAGCACACUCCUCGACACCUCCCACUGCCAGUUCGCAUCGUCCUAUCGACUCCUUUCUCCCCAAAAUUCUUCCUCCGCCUCCACACCCUCCCCGACAUCCACCCAGCCUCCCAGACCCGCCUCCACUGUAAGUGCAGCUCUCAGUGCUGAGGCCUUCGAAUCGCCUCUGCCAACAGCGGUGCUGCCGCAUCUGCUAAUAGGCUGCCAAGCAGAUGCCAUGUCUGCGAAGGUGUGUGCCGAGUUCGGGGUGACGCAUGUGAUUAAUGUCUCCGCUGACGGGGAGACCUCUCCUCAUGUGCCUCCUUCACGAUUUCUCCGCAUCCCCAUCCAUGAUAAUGGGAAGGCUGAUAUGGUGCCUUACUUUGAGAGGGCUUUUGCAUUUCUUGAUUCAGCCAAGGAUUGCAGUGGUCGUGUGCUCAUCCACUGUUUCGCAGGCAUUUCAAGGUCACCGACAUUGGCCAUCGCCUACCUCAUGCACAACCAACGCAUCACCUUCGAUGAGGCCUACAAUCGCGUGAGAUCUAUUCGACCAAAAAUCUCUCCAAACUUCAAUUUCAUCGGUCAGCUGACGGAUUUUGAGCGACGCCUCAAUCUACCCUCACCUUCACAACCCCCUCCUCCUCAGCCACCUCCGGUACUUAUUGUACCAACUCUUGUCUCUCCCCCAGCAACUCCAUCCGCAUCACCGAGAGGAAAAGACGUCAAUUCCGAAGUAGCACCAAAAAUCAUUCACCAUAUGACACCAGCUGCUGCAAUAUCUACAAGGACGUCGUCAUUGUCAGCAACGUCGGGACCAUCGCGCCCAGUUACCCUAUCGCUUUGUAGACCUCUAAUAGGAGGGUUUUCGAAAAAGCGUGAUCGCUCCCAAUACCUCUCCGUCUAUACCAGUUCUCCAUCCGACCAUUCUAAUUCCCCUAUUGAAACCCCCGCUACCAUCACAGCUGAUGUUUCGAUGUGCAUUACUUCCACUCCCACUUCGACAACGACAACGAAUUCAACAGCCUUCAUAGGUCGAAGAAAACGCAGUCGUUUUGGGCCUCUUCUCCCCUCCCCAUCAACUGCCAUCGCUAGUCUAGAUCUCUCCUCUCCAACGGAGGAUAGUCGUGUGUCGCGUCUGAAGUCCACCUCACCACCACCGCCACCUUCUCCGCGUCCUCGUCGUCUUCGACGAGGCAGUCCGCUUCGCGUUGAAGAGGCUCGACGCUUCUCUCUCUCCACAUUUUCUGACCUCCAAUUUGCUGGUGCUGCCCUGGCUGCGGCCGCUGCUGCUGCGGCUGCCGCUGAAUCACCUUCUAGCGACAUUGAUAGCGAAUGCGAUAUGGCCGCUUCUAAUCCCUCCAUUAUCGGUAACGGUGGUGGUCUGCAAAGUCCUAGCGCCUCUACUCACCGGUGGAUUAUCAGUGAGAGCUGUCGGCACCAACAAGCCACUGCGGAAUCCUCCUGUCAUUCCAGUCUUUCCUCCUCAAGCAACAGUCAGCAUACUCCCAGUUUUCCUAUUUCUUAG